GAUAAUAUUGAUGGACUUUUAUAUAUUUGGUUUGGAGAUCGAUAUGGACUUGUAUACACAGAGCCAACAAAUAAAUGGCUCUUGCAUGAGCGGAUGCGCAAAAGAUAAAACGUGACGCGUUAUUGGACAAAUUACAAACGCAAUUAACUACUUAGUAAUCCAAACCCAAUUUUAAUACCUCCAUUUCCAAUUCAAAUCCUGAAACCUCAACCUCAAACUACUGAUACAAAAAUGGCCACUGAACAGAAGAGCAGCAGCGGCGACGGUGGCGGCAGCAUCGAUCCAAAGAGCGGGUUUUGCUCAAAGACCAAAACUUUCCACAGCCUCAGACCCAAAUCCCAACUCCCUCUUCAAACCACGCCUCUUUCCGUCACCCACUACCUCUUUUCCCGCCUCCACCACUCCCCUCCCCCGCCUUCCACUCCCGCCCUACUCCACGCCACCACCGGUCACCAAAUUCUCUACCCCGAGUUCAUUCUUCGUGUCCAAAACCUCGCCGCCUCGCUCCAAUCCCGGCUCGGUCUCUCCCACGGCCAAUGCGCUUUCGUUCUCUCCCCCAACUCCCUCCACCUCCCCAUCCUCCACCUUUCUCUCCUCUACCUCGGCGUCAUCGUCUCUCCUUCCAACCCCGCCAGCUCCAAUCCCGAAAUUUCCCGUCAAAUCCGUCUCUGCAACCCCGCCGUCGCAUUCGCCACCUCCGACACCGCUCACAAAAUCCCCAACUUCCUCCGCCUCGGGACCGUCCUCCUCGACUCGUCCGAGUUCGAGUCCAUGAUGCUGACGUGUCCGAGUUCGACCGAGUGGCACCAAAUUAGCGUGAGCCAAUCGGACACAGCCACGAUUCUCUACUCGUCGGGGACGACCGGGAGGGUCAAAGGCGUGGCGUUGACUCACCGGAACUGGAUAUCCAAUUUGGCCAACAGCGCGGCUCGAAACGCGUCGGCUCCACACACUGUGUGUCUCUGUACGGCGCCGUUUUUCCACGUGUACGGGUUCGCGUACUGCCUGAGAGUUUUGGCGACGGGGGACACGCUGGUGUGGAUGACGAGGUUCGAUAUGAAGGCGAUGUUAAGAUCCAUCGAGCGGUUCGGAAUCACCCACGUGGCCUGGUCCCCACCGGUGGCCGUGGCGUUGACGAAGUUUGGGGAUGGAAACGAGAUGGGCGGCUACGAUUUGAGUUCGCUGCAAGUGAUCGCCUGCGGCGGCGCUCCGCUGGCUAAGAGCGUAAUCGAGAAACUGAGGGAACGGCUGCCCAGCGUACAGGUCUCUCAGGCAUACGGGUUGACGGAGACGACGGCCCGAGUGUUUGCUGCGGUGGGUCCGGAAGAAACUGGGGUUGAAGGAGCCAAUGGAAAGCUGAUGUCAGACCUUGAGGCCAAGAUUGUGGAUCCUGAGAGUGGCACUGCGCUGCCUCCUUUGAUGCAUGGGGAACUUUGUGUUAGAGGACCCAACAUUAUGAAAGGUUACGUUGGUGAUGAAGCAGCAACUGCCGCAAUUUUGGACUCGGAAGGAUGGUUAAAAACCGGAGACAUUUGCUACAUUGACAACCAAGGUUUUCUAUUUUUCGUCGAUCGGCUCAAGGAAUUGAUCAAGUACAAAGGCUACCAGGUUGCCCCGGCGGAGUUGGAGGAUCUGCUUCACUCCCACCCAGAUAUUGUCGAUGCAGCUGUGAUUCCGUACCCGGAUGAGGAAGCAGGUCAAGUUCCCAUGGCGUUUGUGGUGCGGUGCCUUGGAAGUGCCAUUGAUGAAUCACAGAUCAAGGAUUUUAUUGCCAAACAGGUUGCGCCAUAUAAGAAGAUACGACGCGUAACAUUCACCAAAGCAAUACCAAAGAAUGCACAGGGUAAAUUGUUGAGGAAAGAAUUAAUCAAACUUGCACUGUCCAAGUUAUAAAUUCCAAUUUCUUUCUUCUGGUGUUGGUUUAGAUUUCAAGCUCUCAAAUGUUAAUACGAUUAAUCGCUUUGGCAACAAGCAAAGACUGUUCAUUACUCCAAA